AUGACCGCAUCACGCCGGAAGUUUACCCGUUUCCAGGGCGCCGGUUCCGCUCCCCCCCACCCCAUCUCCAACCUGGUAGCAGGUGUCGGGACGCUGGAAAGCGACUCGGUGGAGCAGGUGCUCGCCGACGGCGGCCGCCGCCACAGCGAGUCGCGCCGAGUAGCAACCGAAGACGGCGGCCGCCGCACCAGCCAGCGCGUGUGGAGGAUAAAGGGCCGGCACGGCCGUCGCGGUGAUCCGUCCAGGGAAAGAGUGAGCGAGGGCCAGGGCUUUCGUCUUAGCGAAGACAGAGAAAGAAUCCGCGAGGAGAGCGACCGCCGGUGCCGGGUACCGACGGAAAGAGGAAGCGAAGACGUCGGCUUCUCCCGCGAUGACUCGAGAAGGGUCAGCGAAGACCUGGACCACGGCCGCAGCGUCUCUGAGGGAAGAGUCAGGGGAGACGGCAGCCACCGUCUCGGCAACUCUUGGGAGAGACUGAGGGGAGGCCUCAGCAACGACGCGAGCUUCAGUGAAGUCGGAAGCCACCUGACUAGUGACUCCUCGGGAUCUAUCAGAGACGACCGCGGCCUCCGCCUCAGCGGGACUUGGGAGGAAGUCCGGGAGGUCCGGGGCCCCCGAGCCACCGACUCGGGUGAGAGGGACAGUGACGACCUCCGCCGCCGCCUCAGUGGCUCUUGGGAGGGCGCGAGUGUGGAUGGCGGCCGCAGUCUCAGCAGUUCCUGGGAAGGGGUGAGUGAAGACCGCGGCUACUUGGCCAGCGACUCCUCCGCGGUGAGCGUCAGCGAAGACGCCAGCCGCCGCCGCUUCUGGGAGAGGGAAAGUGAGGACGAAGGUUCCCGCUGCCGGACCUCCUGGGGGAGGACGACGGAGGACGGCGGCCCCGGGCCUAGUGACGACGAGGUAGACAGCCGCUGCUGCAGUGGCUCGUGGGUGACAGCGAGUGAAGACCGCCGCAGUAGCGGGGGCCUGGACUCGACGCCCCCCCAGAGUCCGAGUCGCCGCACCAUGCCCGGGGUGUCCGAUUCAGGCCCGUCCACCUCCUCCACGGAGACUGCGACCCAGUGUGCCAGGAAGAAAGUGCAUUUUGGUAGCAUACACGAUGCAGUACGUGCCGGAGAUGUAAAGCAACUUUCAGAAAUCGUACGACGUGGUGCCAGCGUUAACGAAGUUGAUGUUCUCCAUAAAUUUACCCCUUUACAUUGGGCAGCACACUCUGGCAGUUUGGAGUGUCUUCAUUGGCUUCUCUGGCAUGGCGCUGAUAUCUCACAAGUAACCGUGCGAGGCUGGACAGCAGCUCACAUAUCUGCUAUCAGGGGACAGGAUGCUUGCAUGCAGGCUCUUAUAAUCAAUGGAGCCAACCUGGCCGCUCAAGAUGAUCGUGGGUGCACUCCUUUACACCUUGCUGCAACACAUGGACAUUCUUUCACUUUACAAAUAAUGCUCCGAAGUGGAGUGGAUCCCAGCGUGACUGAUAAGAGAGAGUGGAAACCUGUGCAUUAUGCAGCUUUUCAUGGGCGGCUUGGCUGUUUGCAACUUCUCGUGAAGUGGGGAUGUAGUGUAGAAGACGUGGACUACAACGGAAACCUUCCAGUUCACUUAGCAGCCAUGGAAGGCCACCUUCACUGUUUUAAAUUCCUACUCAGUAGAAUGAGCAGUGCCUCCCAAGGUUUGAAAGCCUUCAAUGAUAAUGGAGAAAAUGUACUGGACCUGGCCCAGAGGUUCUUUAAGCAGAACAUUUUACAGUUUAUCCGGGGGGCUGAGUAUGAAGGAAAUGAUCCAACAGAUCAAGAAACAUUAGCAUUUCCAGGUCAUGUUGCUGCCUUUAAGGGUGAUUUGGAAAUGCUUAAGAAAUUAAUAGAAGAUGGGGUAAUUAAUAUUAAUGAACGUGAUAAUAAUGGAUCAACUCUUAUGCAUAAAGCCGCUGGGCAAGGCCAUAUAGAGUGUUUGCAAUGGCUGAUUAAAAUGGGAGCAGACAAUAACAUUACCAACAAAGCGAGGGAGAGACCCAGUGAUGUGGCUAAGAGGUUUGCCCAUUUAGCAGCUGUAAAGCUAUUAGAAGGACUACAGAAAUAUGAUACAGAUGAUGAGAAUGAAAUGAAUGAAAAUGAUAUUAGGUUUUUUAUAAGACAUGGUGUUGAGGGAAGCACUGAUGCCAAAGAUGAUUUAGGUCUCAGUGAGUCGGAUAAAACAGAUGCCAGAGUGAGAGCUUAUAAGAAAAUUGUAGAAUUGAGACACCUCCUUGAAAUUGCUGAGAGCAACUAUAAACACUUGGGAGGAAUAACAGAAGAAGAUGUGAAGCAGAAGAAAGAACAGCUCGAGUCUGAAAAGACUAUCAAAGAGCUGCAGGGCCAGCUGGAGUAUGAACGAUUACGCAGAGAGAAGUUAGAAUGUCAGCUGGAUGAGUAUCGAGUGGAGGUGGAUCAACUCAAGGAGAUGCUGGAAAAAACUCAGGUCCCCAACUUUGUGGCUGUGGAAGAUGACAUUUCCUGUGAGUUAAGCAAAGAGAAGAGGCGAGUGAAGAAGAAGGUGUCUUCUGGGGGAGUUUUUGUGAAAAGGUACUAA